AUGGGGUUCCUUGUAAAUAAUGAAUUAAUAGAAAUUGUUCCAAGUUCAAAUCCCUGCUCUCAGACUGACUUAGAAGAAGGCCCUUUUUUGAUUACAAAGAAUGCUUUUGAGGAAGAAUACAUCCAAGAAAAAUAUUUGAAGAUUGAUUUGGCCCCUGAAUUUAAAGAGCAGUGGCAAGAUUUAUAUAUAGAAGAGGAAAUAAUUUUUAUUGAUCAUCUUGAAAAUUUUCGUAAAAAGCUGCCCACUUCAUCUGUAUUUUUGAGCAGACUACAGUUUUUUUUAGUGAAAGAUCCACUUUUAGAUUCUGAAGGACAGAGUUUAAGAGAAGAGAACACCUUCAGGGAAUGUUUGAAUUUACAGAACGGAAUGGAGAUGCAAGAGAGUAAAAAAGAAAUGUGGGAGAUUAAAGAGAACUUCUGUACUAUAUCUGUAAAAGAUGAAGAGUAUUUCAUGUUGCCUAUUGAGUUAGAAUUCUGCAAACCCAGUAAAGACAGAUCAGAUUCUGUUAAGAUUCCAUCAUACUUGGAACUGAAAGAGUUGUUACAUUUAGCUCCAGAAACUAUGGCUGAUGAAGACAUGUGCAAAAAGCUGAUCAGAGAAGAUCUCAAAGCUGAAAUUACGUACAAAAUAGAAAUUUCCAAGUACUGUCCCAUGCCACAAGAGGUUUGCUUCAGUAAUAGCGGAAGUGCGUUGGAAUUCUGUGAGUCAGCUAAAUAUAUUCCCUAUGUGAAAGACGAAAUGGAAGUACCUUUAACUCCUCCGUACAGAAAACAAAGAUCAUGGGUUAAUUUUCUGGGCACAGAACUUCAAGAAGAGCCUAUUCAUCUUUCUACUAACAGUAUUUUGAUUACAGAGCCCUCUAGGAAACACUUAGAAUCUUUGGUGUGGCAAUCAGAGAAGUAUCAGGAUAAUAUGAACUCUCUUUUGCUUGUCGAGCAUCAGACUGUUAAGCUUGCAUAUCAGCAUCAUUCCCUUACAGAGCUGAAGGAAAUGCUACCAGUUGUGGUAGAAGCACCAAUGCUUAGCUCACCGGAGGAGGAGGGCUGGUGGCUUCAUUUGGGAUUAAAUCCAGUCUCCAUAGAGAUUUUGGAGCAAUUAAAUGUGGAUGCCAGUAACGCAAACAAUUUGCUUCCUACAGAAGUAGAAACAUUCCCAAAAUUUACAUCAGAUCAGUUAGAAAAUUGGCUUGAAGAGAAUAAUUCCAUAACAAACCAGGAGCUGCUUUCUGCUGAAAGACAUCAGCUGGAGAAAGUAAUUAAUCUUGACACAUCACCACAUACUCAAAGGCAUCACUUUGCCCUGCAAAUGAGAGCUCCACCAUCUGCCAAAAUUCACAGUGUAAAUAGAUCUGUAGAAGAGCCUACUGGAGGAAGUAUUAAAAAAAAUAAGGUGGAAGAGGCAAUUUAUUUUUUAAACCAAGAAAAGAAAAUCCCCAAAUCAUCUGAAUCUGUCAGCUGUGAAGAUGUAUCAGUUAAACAAGAUGACUCAACAAGCUAUCAAAAGCCUGCAUCUUUUGCACUUGCUACAAAAUGGUACGAUGAUUCUGAUCUGAGCAACUUUAUCAUGCUGAGAUCUAAACAUAUACUCACCCAAGGAGAGGGGAAAUGUUAUGUAGAUAGUCCUGAAAAAGUGCUACAAUCUGAAGAACAGCAUAUGCAUAUUCACAAAGAGGACAGUUCUGUUUGUGAGACUGUAAGAACAGAGGAAAAAGAACAAGAGAAUGAGGGCAGUGUCACAGUUGAUGUUCAAGCAUCAGAAAGCCAAUGGCAGGCAUACUGCCUCUUGGAAGAAGGAGCCACACCUGUUCUAAAAGAUUUGACACAUCUGGGUGUACUUGCUUCUGUAAAUUGGAGCUUUGACAGCAUUAAAUUUGAUGAUACAAGAUUUUUCUUAAAGCAGCAAGAGAAAGUAAUAUGCAAUCAUUUCAAUGAAGGUACAAUAGAUGAGAAGGAGAUCAUGCUGUUCAGACAUGCUGCUCUGGUGCACCUGCUAGUGACAGUUCGAGAUCUUCUUUUAACAUGUGGCUUGGACACAGCAGUAGGUUACUUGUCAAAGGCAAAGGAUAUCUAUAAAAACAUCUUAGAAUCCUGUUUGAAUAACAUCUGGAGGCGGCUGAAGAUUGUACAGUACAGCAGCCAGAAAAAGAAUGAAACAAAUCCCAGAAUAACAGAGCUUCAGUGUCAAAUGUUAAAUUGGGUGCAGAGUCAUGGAAAGGAACACAGUGUUAAGAUACUAGUCAUAACAAGAAUGGACUCUGAAAGAGAAAAAGCAGCCCUCAUUCACACUUUAUCUGGAUUAGAAGGUUUAAAAGCUGCGGAUUUGAAUUCUGACAACAAAGGAACCGUUUUAGGUUGUAAAGAUAUCAUAAUCAAUAGGUAUUCGUGUGUUAUUGUACAUAAUCAGCAAAUUGGAGCUGACUUCCCUUGGACACACUUCUCAUUAGUAAUAGAAUAUGAUUAUUCUGAAAACUCUUGCUGGAAGUGUUUGUGUAGAAAGCUGAAUGUUGCUUACAUGACUUUUAAAACCACCCUCCCUGAAACUAUAUACAUGGGGAAUAAGUAUGGUUCCUUUCUUCUGGAAGUACAAAUUCCAUAUGUAUUUCUGACUACUGAAGGUCUUCUUAAUAUGCCAAAUAUUCUUCAGCUUUUGGAAUCCAAGUACAGUAUUACCUUUGUUGAAAGAGACAGCAGUUACUCCUUAAGCCUCUUUGGAAGUGCAAAUCGAUAUGUUGUGUUGACAGUAGAUGAAUGCACUGCUAUCUUUUUGCAGAGUAUGGAAGAGCUAAAUUAUGAGAAAUCCUGUGAUGACAUAAUAUCAAAGCUGAUGGCAUUAUCGCUCCAGUAUACGUGCUGUUGGAUUGUUUUCUAUUCCAGAGAAAGACUGAAUUUAGAAUACAGUCUCAAGGGAGAUACUCUGCUUAACCUUGUGUUAAUUUAUGCCACUCUAAUUGAACUUACACAGAAGUCAGAUGACUUUGAAGUAAAGGUAGUUCUUGUGCCAGGGAUUGAAGAGACAGCACUGGUAAUCCGUCAGAUUACUGACAACAUUUUGAUAGCAUCUAAUUCCAGUCCUCAUGAAUGGCUGGACAAAUCCUGGCUUUCUGUCUUGCCAUCUGAGACAGAGAAAUGCCUACUUGCUUUUCCAUGUAUCAACCCUCUGGUUGCUCAAUUUAUGUUAAAGAAGGGAUUUUCGGUGGACAGGUUGUUUCUUGCAAGCUUUGAUCAACUUCAGGAACUUCUGCCAGAGGUUCCAAAAAAAGUUUUAAAGCAUUUUAGUGAAAUAACGUCAUCAUACAACCUAAAUGCUGCUGCUCCACUAGAAACAGCCGUGAAAGGUGCAUUACCUCCAGAAAACAGGAAUAAUUUCAACACAUUCUGUGCAGAUUAUAAACAAAAUCAUCAGUCUUUACAGCUGCUUGAUAAGGCACAAAACAGCACAGGACUAUCUCAUAAGAAUUCUGAAGCCACAGUUCCUCCACUGAAUCAUCAUCAGGAUUUUCUUGACUCUGAUCUUCCAAGCUAUAUGCAAAAGAAAUCAUGCUCUUCUGAAAUAAUUACAAGGAAGAAGGAGAAUUUGUUUUCUGUGCCAAAGGACUGUAAAUGUUCUGCUCAAAUAGAUGUUACGAAUUCUCUUCAUGUUCAAAGGCAGCCUUUCAGGAUGCAAUACAGCUCUGAUCACUCUCCCAAAAACUCUGAAAAAGGAGAUUUCUUUGCAACUUUCAGUGAAUAUGCACCUCAGGAGGGCACUAAGAGUUUUCUAGAGGAAUUUGGACAUGCAGCAUUUAAGAGACCAGAAAUUCUGAUUGAUGAGACCCCAGGGAAUGACCCUUUAUCCACAGGCCCAUUUGGUUCAUUUGCAUCUGAUGGUCUUCUCUCUGAUUUCUUUGUCAACCCAGAGGAGCUUCAAAGUCUGACUUUUCACCAGAUAGGUAGAAAAUCUAAAGGAAAGAUAAAACAAAGUCCACAAUUCUUAUGGACAAAAGAAAAAUACAGAACAGACUCAGGUUUUGCAGAAGUGUCAGAAUUCAAAAAAAGGAGACUGUCAUAUGAAAGAGUCCCUGGAAGAAGGGAUGGACAAACACGUCUUAAAUUCUUCUGA